CCAGCAACAAUGCAGAUCUUGCUUGCCACUUGCUUCCUCUCAGCACUCAUAGCCAGAGGGACUGCUUUACAAUGUGAAUCUUGCACAGGUCUAGGCCAAAACUGCACAGGUGAAGUGGUGACUUGCCCCCAAGACCACAAUUUCUGUGGCAUCACUUUGUUUGAAAGUGAACUUUUUGAAGAAAAUGUAAAGGUUAAUGGCAUUAUUAAGAACUGUGUUUCAUCCAAUUACUGCGAAGCCGGUUCCGCUGAUAUUAACUUGGGUAAAAAGAGAAGAUCGAGGACCAGUGUUUCCUGCUGUGAGACAGAUGCUUGCAAUACAGCCUUUCCUGCCAAAUUGAAGCGUUUGGAGACCAAACUCAACGGCUUGCGGUGCCCAGCCUGCUAUGCUUCCUUUUCUGACUCAUGCAGUGAUGAAACAGUGGACUGUGUUGGAUCUGAAUCUCAUUGCAUUGACUUAGCUGGAUUCAUACAUACAGGGGAAGCUACUGGGAAAGUUGCUAUGAAGGGUUGUGCUACACCUGCCGUCUGCGCUCCUAUUUUGGGAGGGGCAGCAACAUUUACGGGGAUCAGUUCGGCCAUCACGAACCUUGAGUGCAGAGCAGCCUCCGGCAGCACAGCCAAUAUGCCUCUUGGACCAACUGGGUUCCUCCUUUCCACCGUUGUUGGUUUUUUUCUCAUGAAGCUCUGUUCCUAACUUACAAUCUGUGUGCAUUAACAAACGGACGGAGGUGCUAAGCCGAGGCUUGUGUUGAAAGCUUGACAACUCUCUCUUAGCAUAACUGGAUGACCUGAGCAUUUGCUCUUGCGCGUGUUAAGGACUACGGGGCAAGCAUUGAUUCCAGUUAAUCGAUCAAUGUAACAAUAAAAGUGAGAAUUGCAGCCACAGGUGUACUAAAGACUGAGUAGAGUGCUUUUCUCUCCACGGUGAAGGUCUGUUCACAAACUCCUUUCAGGCUGUGUCUGCUUUGGACUUUGGCCAGAUGAACUAAGCUGGUAACAUUCAUGUCAUCAACACCAAGCACUAAAGCCAAUGCAAGCCCUUCCUCUACAUCAGCUUUCACCUGCAUGUUCAUCUAAAGGAAUAUGUGCCAACAUCUAAUUGACAUUUAACAACAAUAGCAAACCGAUUAAAUAUUUGCUUGAA